AACAUAUAGAUAAGCUUCAUAUUACACAAGAGCAGUGUGAGAGGUGGAGGCUCUGGUGGUUCCUGCUGGUGUUUCAAGCGACCGAGAGACAGGCCGUAGGAGGCUGUACAGUUCCUGGUGUGGUGGGGGUUGUUUGGUGUGCUUGAGGACGUGGUCUCCGGUUAGAGCCCCGUCAGGAGCGAGACCACCGCCACCAUGAGGGCUUUUGUUGCAGCUUUGUUAAUCUCCAACAUUUUCCUAAUUAUACAGGAAGGUGUUGUUGGGAAGCAAGUUGCGCAAGAUCAGCCAAACCAAGCGGAUGGGACACUCCGAGUUCGUAAGAAUAUACUGGCUGUUCUUGUUAAAGAUGGAGAUGGCGGUAGAGGAGGUCGCAGCAUCAGGGCCGCUGAAAGAAGACCUCGUGGUAGAAACAUAACGAAAGUUCAAUUUGGCGAGAAACUGAGAGAAGGAUUCCGGUCACCAAAUGUGGGAGGUCAGAGACCCAAGAAAGAGUUAGAUUCCCGUAUUCAGAGAAAAGGAGGUGGUCCCCCGGUUAAAAAAAAUGAAGGAAGUCCCAUUAUAAAGAAAAAAGGAGGAGAUCCCCUUAUUCGAAAAAAGGGACUUGGUCCCUCUGUUCAGAAAAAAGGAAAAGGUUCCCUUGCUCAGAAAGAAGGAAGACGUGCUCGUAUUCGGAAAAAUGGAACGGGUCUCCCUGUUCAAAAGAAAGGAAGAGGUCCCUUUGUUAAUAAAAACGAAGAUCUUCGUGUUAAGGGAGGAGGUGACGGUACGGCGGCCAAAAGUGUGAAAAACGGUCUUAACAGGAGGCCAGUGCCCACAGGAGGGCAAGAAAUUAAAGGCUCGAGGAACGGUCCGAAGAGUAAGAGUCAAAGAGCGAGAGGCUCUCGCAAGAGACUGAAGACCAAGAGUCAAAAAGGGAAAGCCUCGCGCAAGGGUCCAAAGACUAAGAGUCAAAGAGGCAAAGGCUCACGUAAAGGAUCAAAGACCAAGAGUCUAAAAGGCAAAGGUUCACGCAAAGGAUCAAAGACCAAGAGCCUAAAAGGCAAAGGUUCACGCAAGAGGCCGAAAUCCAAGAGGCAGAGAAGCAAAGGCUCACGCAAGAGACCGCUUAACAAGACUCAAGGUCCACAAAAGGGGCCAAAGCAAUUAUCAGCCACAAGGAAACUUGGGCAGAAGAAAAGGAGAACAAAAAGCAAAUCAAAUUCCAACAAAAUCAUUAAAAGCAACAUUAAGGGAAAGAGGAAGAUAAACAAAAGUGGGAAGAGGGCAAGAAAACUAGGCAAAAAUCCCCAAAAUAAGACGAAGCAGCAAAAGAAUGCAACAGGAAACGUUAAAACUCGACAAAACACUAUUAAAAAGACGCUGGGCAGUAAACAAAAAAGCAACGUGAAAAGGAAGAAUAAGAAGAAAGGUAAGAAAGGACUUAAAAAAAGCAAAAGCAUCAACAAUAAGAAAAAGCAAAAGAAUGCUGCAGACAGUUCAAAGACGGGAAAACGCAAGACAAAAAAAGUAAAAGGUCUUCAAAGGAAGAGAAAGGGAAAAAAGAAGCAGUACAAGAAAGGGAAAGGGGGACUGAAGAAAACCAAAACUUCAAAAAAUAAAAGGAAACUUAAGAGUGCUUUAGGAAAAUUGAAAAAUAAACAGGGACGUGUCAAAAAGCUAAAAGGUCUUAAAAAUAAAGGCAAUAAGAAAAGAAAGCGAAACAGGAAAGGGAAAAAAGGAUUAAAAAAUGGCAAAGGUUCCAAAAACAAAAUAAAGCAAAAGAAGGCUUCAGGAAAACUGACAAAUAAAAAAGGGAAGACGAAGAAUGAAAAAGGCCUUAAAGGAAAAGGCAAUAAGAAAAGGAAGCGAAACAAGAAAGGGAAAAGAAAACUGAAGAAAGGCAAAGGAUCAAAAAAUAAAAAAAAUCUUUCACCACGAAAAUUCAAAACUCGUAAAAGCAAGACUAAAAACCAAAAAGGCAUUAAAAGCAUUGCUAAGGGAAAAAGAAAUCGGAAAAUGAAAGGAAAAAAAGGAAUACGGAAUGACAAAAAUAAAAAGAAACGAAAAAAUGCUUCAGGAAAAAAUCUAAUUAAAAAAGGCAAGGGAAAGAAAGGAAAAGGCCUAAAAAGAAAAGGUAAUGGGAAAAGAACGCGAAACAAGAAAGGAAAAAAAGGUCUGAAAAAGAGCAAAAGUUCAUCAAAGAAAAAGAAUAAGGCAUCAGGGAAACUGAAUACUGGAAAAGGCAAGGCUAAGAAAGGAAAAACCAGAAAAAGCAAGACCAAAGGGAAAAGGAAGCAAAAUAAAACAAGGAAAAGCGGAUUAAAGAAUGGGAAACGCUCCAAAAAUAAAAUCAAACAAAAGAAUGCUUCAGGAAAAUUGAAAAGUAAAAAAGGCAAGGCUAAGAAAGGAAAAGGCAUUACAAGCAAGACUAAAAGGAAAAGGAAGCAAAAUAAGAAAGGGAAAAAGGGAUUAAAGAAUAGUAAACGUUCCAAAAAUAAGAAAAAACAAAAGAAUGCAUUGGGAAACUUGAAAAAAGGAAAAGGGAAGGCCAAGAAAGGAAAAGGUAACAGAAACAUGAAAAAUAAGAAAAAAAAGAGGACUAAGAAAAGAAAAGGUAACAGAAACAUGAAGAAUAAGAAAAAAAAGAGGACCAAGAAAGGCAAGAAGGGAAAGAAGCAAGACAAAAAAAGCUCCAAAAAUAAGAAACGCAAAGAUGGCAAACAACGCAAAAAAUCACGAAACAAGAAGCAAAAUAAGAAAAAUAAGAAACGCAAAGGAAAGAAUGAGAAGCUUUCCAAAACAGCGAUUAAGAGCUGCAAGCCGAAGAAAGCUUGUACUAAGCUUGGGGGUGAGUGCACUCGCUUGAACACUUGUACCACCAAAGUUGUCCCUCAUAAGUGCAGAGGCCGGAAGUGUGAGUGCUGCCUCGCAAGUGAAGAGUCAUCUCCCAUCACGCCAGCGCAAGGUCCUUCUGGUAAUUCUUCCACAACUGAACCCGCAGCCGCAGCCACUGAACCCGCAGCCACAGACACUGAACCCGCAGCCACAGACACUGAACCCGCAGCCGAAGCCACUGAACCCGCAGCCACAGACACUGAACCCGCAGCCGCAGCCACUGAACCCACAGCCACAGCCACUGAACCCGCAGCCGCAGACACUGAACCCGCAGCCGCAGCCACUGAACCCGCAGCCGCUGAACCCGCAGCCGCAGCCAAUGAACCCGCAGCCGAAGUCACUGAACCCGCAGCCGAAGUCACUGAACCCGCAGCCGCAGCCACUGAACCCGCAGCCGCAGCCACUCAACCCGGAGCCGCAGCUUCUGAUCCCGGAGUCGCAGCCUCUGAACCCGCAGCCGCACCUUCGGAUCCCGGAGUCGCAGCCUCUGAACCCCGAGACGCCGCUUCUGAAUCCAGAGCUGCAGCCUCAGAAACCGAAGCCGCAGCCCCUGAACCCGGAGCCCCAGCUCCUGAACUAGAAGCCGCAGCCUCAGAAACCGAAGCCGCAGCCCCUGAACCCGGAGCCCCAGCCCCUGAACCAGAAGCCGCAGCCCCUGAACCAGAAGCCGCAGCCUCAGAAACCGAAGCCGCAGCCCCUGAACCCAGAGCCCCAGCUCCUGAACCAGAAGCCACAGCCUCAGAAACCGAAGCCGCAGCCCCUGAACCAGAAACCGCAGCCCCUGAACCAGAAGCCGCAGCCCCUGAACCCGGAGCCCCAGCCCCUGAACCAGAAGCCGCAGCCCCUGAACCAGAAGCCGCAGCCCCUGAACCAGAAGCCGCAGCCCCUGAACCAGAAGCCGCAGCCCCUGAACCCGGAGCCCCAGCCCCUGAACCAGAAGCCACAGCCCCUGAACCCGGAGCCCCAGCCCCUGAACCAGAAGCCGCAGCCCCUGAACCCGGAGCCCCAGCCCCUGAACCCGGAGCUGCAGCCACUGAACCCGGAGCCCCACUCCCUGAACCAGAAGCCGCAGCCCCUGAACCCGGAGCCCCAGCCCCUGAACCCGGAGCCGCAGCCACUGAACCCGGAGCCCCAGUCCCUGAACCAGAAGCCGCAGCCCCUGAACCCGGAGCCCCAGUCCCAGAACCCGGAGCCGCAGCCACUGAACCCGGAGCCCCAGCCCCUGAACUAGAAGCCGCAGUCUCUGAACCAGGAACCGCAGCCACUGAACCCGGAGCCGCAGCCACUGAACCCGGAGCCGCAGCCACUGAACCAGAAGCUGUAGCCACUGAACCAGAAGCCGCAGCCACUGAACCCGAAGGCCCAGCCCCUGAACCAGAAGCCGCAGCCUCUGAACCCGGAGCCGCAGCCACUGAACCCGGAGCCGCAGCCACUGAACCAAAAGUCGCAGCCUCUGAACCAGAAGCCGCAGUCACUGAACCCGGAGCCCCAGUCCCUGAACCAGAAGCCGCAGCCACUGAACCCAGAGCCCCAGUCCCUGAACCAGAAGUCGCAGCCUCUGAACCCGGAGCCGCAGCCUCUGAAACCGGAGCCGCAGCCUCUGAACCAGGAGUUGCAGCCUCUGAACCAGGAGCCGCAGUCUCGGAACCCGGAGCCGCAACCUCUGAACCCGGAGCCGCAGCCACUGAACCAGGAGCCGCAGCCUCUAAACCAGGAGCCGCAGCUUCUGAACCAGGAGUCGCAGCCUCUGAACCAGGAACCGCAGCCUCUAAACCAGGAGCCGCAGCUUCUGAACCAGGAGUCGCAGCCUCUGAACCAGGAACCGCAGCCUCUAAACCAGGAGCCGCAGCUUCUGAACCAGGAGCCGCAGCCUCUGAACCAGGAGCCGCAGCCUCUAAACCAGGAGCCGCAGCCUCUAAACCAGGAGCCGCAGCCUCUAAACCAGGAGCCGCAGCCUCUAAACCAGGAGCCGCAGCCUCUGAACCAGGAGCCGCAGCCUCUGAACCAGGAGCCACAGCCUCUAAACCAGGAGCCGCAGCCUCUUAA